UUUAUGGUGUCAGGUUUCCGCCAAAACCCGUGCAAGCGUAGCCAAAACCCGUGCACGCGUAUUGUGCACAUCGCGCGUGCGAACGGGACUCGCGCGUGGAGGUUAGAACCUCAUGAGUGAAAAUAUACAUGGCGAGGAGGUCAUUUGUACACUGAGAGGGAGCAAACUGUGUCUGUGAGUGCACAAGGAUGUGCACAAGUGACAAACCUGCGUGCGCUCGUUGGCCAACGAGCACACGGCAGAGGAAAACAUGCGCGCGGCAGCCUCACUGCGCGCUCGGUGCGGCAGCCUCACUGCACGUGUGGCAGCCUUUCUGUGCGCUCGGUUUCUGAUUCUGCUCGCUCGGCUGUUGGGAGUUUUGGCACUCUGGAGGCGUGGAAGAAUUAAAGUGCCAGAAACUGAGCAGUUGAACUUUCAAUUUGAGAGCAGAAUUUCAUAUCAAGAGACCAUCUUUUUAAUUUCAGAAUACUAUUUUAUAUUAUUGCUCUCAAAACUUGUAAUGCUUGCGCUCAAAAUGUCUGCUCUCUUUCAAAUUCACUCUGUUCUCCUUCAAAUCUUUGUUUUUGCGCUCAGAUUUAACCUUCUUACACUGGUAUUGUCUUCUCAUGUGACAACUUUUUCUCUACACGGAUCAAAACUCCUCCCACAAGUCUGUCCCCUGCUCUCACGGAUCUUGUCUGCUCUCGCUCAAAACUUAGAAGUACAAUCUCCUAGCAACCGCUCAGCCAAUAGAAAGACUUGUGGGACUGGGCGGGAACAAACCUCUUUGGGGUGCGCUCGUUUUGAUGCUCUGUGGAUUUUCCUGUGUGGCUGCCGCAUCUGCGCACUAACAGCCUGGCUAAUACCCGCUCUGAUCUGGAGCGAGAGUUUCACCUGCACCAGCAAAAUGGACCAGAACCAACAAGACGCUCAAACUGGUUCCAUCCGAGAAGUUACGAGAAACCUUAUGGAUUUACUGAAUGCUCAUCUACAAGCAGAGGGCCCGCAACAAACACCAACUGUGCCACAGCGCACAACACCAGCGACAACACCUUAACAGACUAUCCCUCGGUCUACAGUUCAUCAAGAAAUGUCAAGGAUUUCCAAGAGCCAGACAUCGACUGGGAUGUUGCUGCAGAGUACAGCCCAGAUGUGGACGGUGCUGCUGUGGUCCCGGAGUUCGACAGUCCCCUCACUGAAGAGCAGCAUGCUGAACUGCAUCCAUGCUUUCGUUCUUUUUUAAACACAGAAACAGUUUUGUUUACCUGUUAGUAGCUACAGUUUCGCCGACGGCUGCCGGCUUCUUCAGGCUGACGCUGUUGGUGGCGCGUCACUUCCUUCUCCGUUUAUCUGCGGGCAGCAGAGACAACUGCCCGCAGAUAAACGGAGAAGGAAGUGACGCGCCACCAACAGCGUCAGCCUGAAGAAGCCGGCAGCCGUCGGCGAAACUGUAGCUACUAACAGGUAAACAAAACUGUUUCUGUGUUUAAAAAAGAACGAAAGCAUGGAUUUAGAAAGACACAGCAAGAACACACCUAAGAUGCUGAACUGCAGUUGCUACUGGCACAAAAUUGGGAGCGUUCAAACACUAAGGAACUUUAUCUAUUGUGCAGAGAAUAUGUUAAUGCUGCUUUGUCAGAUUAAUGUGUACUUGAAAUAAAAAAUCAAGAGAUCA